GUUUCCUUGCGCGACUUCCGGGUAGACCAAAACAAUAACUGCGCGUAUUUCUGGGGCGUUGGUGUCAUUUUUAGCAUCACUUGUCAGCUUCUGACGUGAUCCAGUGCCGCCCCGUCAUGAUUAAAUCAUGUUUUAUUUAUGCGUGCGGAUUAUUUUCGUUUUUAAUUCUCAUUGGGGGGAUCGCGCUGUCCUUGUCUAACGUGUUUUCAAAACUGGUGGAGUCGGCGGUGGAAAAGGAAAUCGUGUUGAAGAAUGGCACCGAUGCGUUCGAUGCUUGGGAGGAUCCACCGGCGCCGAUCUACAUGCAGUUUUAUUUCUUCAACCUGACCAAUCCACUCGAGGUGCUGGAUGGUGACAGGCCUGCUGUGGUGGAGAUUGGACCGUACACUUACAGAGAGUACCGGCCUAUGGAAGAAGUGAUAUUCCAUGAUAACGGUACCAAAGUAGCCGCGGUCAACACAAAAACAUACAUAUUCCAACCCGACAUGUCACGUGGGCCGGAGAGUGAACUGAUCAGGACUGUUAACGUCCCUGCGGUGACAUUGAUGGAGCGGUUCAAGGAUGAGCCAUUUUUUGCCAAGCUGAUCUCGUUGAUUAUGAAGGGCACAGACGAGGGCCUCUUCACCACACAUACUGUGGGAGAGCUUCUGUGGGGCUACGAAGAUGCUCUCCUGAAAGACAUCCACGCUGUCAAACCUGACGUGGAUCCGGUUUUCGGGCUCUUCUACAAGAGCAAUGCGAGCAAUGAUGGAGAAUACGUGUUCCACACAGGCCAGGAGGACUACAAGGACUUUGCUCGAGUGGAUACGUGGAACAAUCAAAGGUCGUUGAAUUGGUGGACGUCUGAUGAGUGCAACAUGAUCAACGGAACCAACGGCGCCUCCUUCCACUCUGUCCUCACAAAGAAUGAAAUGCUCUACAUGUUCUCCUCGGACCUGUGCAGGUCUAUAUACGCUGUGUUUGAGAAGGAUGUGGUGGUGAAAGGCAUCCCCGGGUAUCGAUUCACUCCCCCCAGCCAGGUUUUCGCCAACUCAUCGGUGAACCCGUCCAAUGCGGGUUUCUGCGUCCCCGCCGACAACUGUCUCGGCUCGGGCGUCCUGAACGUCAAGCCCUGCAAACAAAGUGCGCCCAUCAUAAUGUCCUCGCCGCACUUCUACCAGGGAGAUGAGAAAUUUGUGCGGGCGGUAUUCGGCAUGAGGCCCCAUAAGGAGUACCACCAGACCUUCAUUGAUCUCAAUCCGCUCACCGGAGUCGUCCUUCGAGCUGCCAAACGUCUCCAGGUCAACGUCUACGUUGAGAAAAUGGACACGUUCAGCCAAACAGGAAACGUGACCACCGUGAUUUUGCCUGUACUCUACCUGAAUGAGAGCGUCGUCAUCGAUGACUCAUCGGUGGCCAAGCUGAACGCUGUGCUGAUGGAGCAGAACGUGCUGGUAAACGUUCCUUUCAUACUGAUGGGGAUCGGCAUCAUCCUGGGCGGUGUCUUCAUGUUGCUGGUGUGUCGUCACAAGAUGCCCGAGAGUACCGCUGGCUCCGUCCGUGUCUUGGCGUAG